AUGGACAAACUGGAGCUUAUGUUGUCGCACUGUCGUCUUUUGGCAUUAACUCUGCUAAGGAAGCGCGAUACAUCCGUCAGCUCGGUUGAUUCAUCCUCGUCGGUGCUUUUGGAUGACUCAGCUGACCCGCACCCAAGUUUGGCUGAACAAUUGCUGCAUGAUCUGAUCACUAGCGGUUUCACGCAAGAUAACAACAGCUGUUUCUCGCUGGUUGUCCUACUUUUCGCAUCUGCAGAUCUCACUUCUCUGCGCCGUCGCCUGAGUAUGAUUGACGUGACUACCAAAGGAGUGUUGGAUGGCUCUCCGGAGGAACUGAAAUCUCAGCUAGCUUCUUCAGGGGGUUUCAUGUGUUGGGCCUUUGAUCACGUCUCGGAAUAG